UUCUAAUCAUAACUUCAAACACCAAAAAAAAAAAAAAAUAACAUAAAAAAAACCGUUCGGCGCAAAAUAGCAAAAGAGAAACAGAAGAUUAUAACAUAAACGAAUCUCACACUCUCUUUGUGUUCAUAUAAACAUAUAUAUACACGUAUACAUACCGAGUUAGGGCUUAAUCGAGUGCGUAAGUUCGUAUCAACAACUUUUUCAACGAAUUUGUUUCCGGUGGAUCUCCGGCGACUUCACCGGAACGUUCGCCGGAAAGUUCAGCCUCUGCUGUGUGGAAUAACUGACUUGAUUUUCCGUUUUGCGAGAGUUCGAUCAGAUUGGAGAUGAGAAGUGAAUAAUUUAUUAUUUAUUAUAAUAAAUAUAUGACGACAGCAAAACUUGAAGCCGGGAUGGAUGAAGGAAAUGAUACCAGUAAUGAUCCGUAUGCCAAGAUCUUGGCGGGCUCUUGGUGGGCCCAGUUCAGAUAUGGAUCCAAUCCUUGGAUGGCCCGUUAUGUAUAUAGCGUCAUGUUUCUAUUAGCAAACUUGCUUGCGUGGGCUGUACGUGGUGAUUAUAGGCCGACUGUAUUGACCCAAAUGAAUAAAUUAAAAAGUUGUGAAGGUCAUGAAGAGUGUUUAGGCACACAAGGAGUUCUGAGAGUGAGCAUGGGAUGUUUCAUAUUCUUCUUUAUAAUGUUUGUUUCAACCAGUGGCACCACAAAGUUACAUCAGCGAAAAGAACUGUGGCAUUCUAGUUGGUGGUCUGCCAAAAUCGUCAUCUUGAUCACACUGACCGUUCUACCCUUCUUUCUCCCUACACAAUUGAUUCUUCUAUAUGGUUCCAUUGCACAUUUUGGUGCAGGGGUAUUUUUGCUAAUUCAACUAAUCAGCAUGAUCAGCUUCAUUACAUGGCUGAACGAACGCUGCUUAUCAGAAAAGUAUGCUGAGAGAUGCCGUACCCAUUUCAUGCUGCUUUCAAUUGCUGCAUAUUUUGUGUGCAUACUGGGGAUCAUUUUGAUGUAUAUUUGGUACACACCACAACUGACUUGCACGCUAAAUAUUUUCUUCAUUACAUGGACACUUUUUCUCCUCCAGCUUAUGACAAGUGUCUCUCUUCAUCCAAAAGUUAAUGCCGGCUUCCUGACUCCAGGUAUUAUGGGACUCUACAUCGUAUUCCUAUGUUGGUCCGCCAUUAGAAGUGAACCACCAGAUAUCAAAUGUCUGAGGAAGUUUGGAGCCUCAAGAGACUGGCUAACGAUCAUAAGCUUUGUUAUUGCCCUACUUGCAAUGGUGAUUGCCACAUUUUCAACAGGGAUUGAUUCUCAAUGCUUUCAGUCGCGAAAGGAUGAGAAACAGGAGGAAGAUGAUGUUCCGUAUGGUUUCGGAUUCUUCCAUUUAGUUUUUGCCUCUGGAGUUAUGUACUUUGCAAUGUUAUUAAUCGGUUGGAAUUCUCAUCACACCAUGAAAAAGUGGACUAUUGAUGUUGGUUGGACAAGUACUUGGGUCAGAAUAGUAAAUGAGUGGCUAGCAGUCUGUGUUUACUUGUGGAUGCUGGUAGCACCGAUCGUGUGGAAAAGUCGGCAGGUAGCGGAAGAGCCCAAAUAAGCAAAAGCUCGAAGAGGACAAUCUUCACUGUGUAUGUUAACAUAAUUUAUACACAAUCACAUGAUAUAGAAGCCAGAGAGAUGAAAAAGAAAUGGCAUCCAUGGAGUCUAAACAUGUCAAUUAUUGGAAGUCGACAUGCUUUUGAUCUUAUUCGUUUUUAGUCGAAAACUAAGGAUGUCACAUCCUGGAUUUUCGUUCGUAUAUAGUCCUUGAUUUAAGAAUAAGAGGAACAUGAAUUGUCUCACAUAAAAAAGGAAUAAAUGUUCAAUUUUUGUUC